AUGGCGUCGUUGCUAUCUUCAGUCGACAAAUCAACGCUGCUGGCGAUAGAGACUUUGUCUGGGGUGGGACUUGCGACGUUGACGCUCCUGUCGAUUCAAAGCGGUAGGUUGGAGGCCAUGACCGAUCCGGAGAAAGAGGGGCCAAGAGAUGCGGCCUUGGGUUCUCCAGUGGAAGCGUAUGAGUUUGCAAGAAACUUGGCGCGGGAGCAUGCGCAAGUGAUACCAGUCUUAGUCUAUGUGGCGGUUCUCUGCCUUUGCAUGGUCAUCGGCCAUUUGUUUGAAGAAAAUCGAUGGGUUAACAAAUCCAUCGCCGCCAUUAUCAUCGGAUGCGUAACUGGAACAAUAAUCUUGCUUGUGAGCAAAGGAAAGAGUUCUCACAUCCUGCGAUUUAAUGAAGAGUUGUUCUUUAUAUAUCUCCUCCCACCUAUAAUAUUCAAUUUAAUUUUACGACCAACGCAGAUUUCAGGCACCUGGUGGCUGUUCCCGAAGUUGGGAUUUGGUGGCCUGAAUGUACGAGCCUAUCUCGCUGUGGGAACAAUUUUUUCGUCAACUAAUACAGUGUGUACACUGCAGAUUCUUCAUCAAGAUGUUACUCCUUUGCUGUACAGCCUGGUCUUUGGGGAAGGAGCGGUGAAUGAUGCAACAUCAGUUGUUCUGUUCAAUGCAGUUCAAAAGAUUGACGUUAGUAAGCUUAAGGGCGCGACUGGACUUCGUGUCAUUGGAGAUUUCCUAUACUUAUUCUUUACAAGCACUGCUCUCGGAAUUGCAGUAAGUUUACCGUUGGACCGACAAUGGAAAGGAUUUAAACUUGAUAUUGAUGCAUAUGGUAGUUUCACAUAUUCUGGUGUCACAUUGGAUCCCGUCAAUGCUACGAUGAUUACUAACACCGUAAAAUGUGAAUUCGAGGGGGUGAUGUUGCAGAGGCAGGGUGAGUUGGCUUGGCGGACAACACUGCAACAUUUCUUGGUUGGUGGUUUUGGUGAUUUGGCGAUCACGGCCGGGUGGCACUCCUCAGUUGGGCGGAUUAAAUGUUGCAUACGGAGACUGCCGUGGCUCCACCAAGUGCGAUCAACAAAAUCACAGGCGUUAGAAACUCCAGAAGCUGCUCAUUCUAAACCUAACAGGCCUAGUCAGACAAACCAUAGCGCCAUCGGCAAAAUAAGACCUGCCAUGAACCUUUGUACAUUUUCAUACCAUCACUCUACCUACAAACAUGACCUCAAGUAA